AUGGGGUCACAGAAGCGGGCUCUGCGGGCCUCUCCCCCGGGCCGGUCCGGUCGAGCACCCGCAGCGAGCAGGGAUUCGGGGUCCUCGCGGGUGCGUGCUGCUCGCAUUCUUCCCCCGGCGCAAAGCAGCCCUUCGCGAGUCUCCAGCGAGCACAACGCCUUCGCAGCAAGCUCCGAGCAUCAGAACCCCCAGCUCCCGUCCUCGACAGCGGACUUUGCGAACGGCUCCGUGCUGAUUCUCGAUGACGAAGCGGGCCAGGGGGAGCCCAUCGACGCGAUGCUGUCCGACUGGUUCUCCAUGCCAGGAGCCGCCCUCAGUCCCCUGUACAGCGCAGAUCAUCAGACAGCUGCACUGCCGGAAUCCGCCAACCCCCAUUCGGAGGAGGCGGCGGCGCCGGAGGACCCGAGGGAGUAG